AUGAAACCAAGCCAUCCUGUCUGCAAGAAGGAGAAAAAAUCAUCUCGCAAGUUCAGUCUCCGUCCGCUCCGCGAGAUAGUUUCUCGAUGGCUCCGUAUGGAAUCUCCAAAGCCCGACGACGAAGAGCACUCCACCCAUGGUCUUCAGUCGACGUGCAGUCAGUGCAAAUACUCGUCCUUCGACGGGGAUAAAUUCUGUCUAAAAAUGUACCAACACUGUAUCACGCCUGGAGAGGUGGAAAAUUCCAAGAAGUCCAUCCUCCACCGCUUGCCGCCUGAGAUCGUCUCUCUAGUUAUAAAACACCUCAAGGAGUUCGAAGUGGAAUGUUUGAGAUAUGUCUGCAGACUCUUUUAUCAUAACUAUACCAGCUCGAGGGUACUCACAAUGCAAGGCAAGCUCGAACUCGCAUGCCUCCUAGAGCGAGGGACUUGGUCCAGAAGACUUGCUUGCCGGGUAUGUCCCAGUAAGAGACAGGACAAAUCAAUGUUCUUCCCGAUAGAUUGGGAUAAGAACCCACAUCACCGCAAGUGCAACAGACAUCGGGGUGGCCUGUUGCAAUUCUGCCCUUAUGCCAGUGUCAAUUUUGAUGAUAUGGUACAUAUCACCAAGAACAAGAGACGGUAUUUUCAGUUUCCCAAGUGCUCGCAUGACGCAUUUGAUCUUGCUCUUGCGUUACAGGGGCGGACCUGUCUUCUUGAAGACGAGGCAUGGACCAUCGUCCGCUGGCGCAAGUACAGAGUGCUCACCACAACUACCCUUGUCGCGAUCUAUCACGCCGCCAUAAUUCCCUCCAAAAUGGACGCUAAUAAAGCUUUCAAGGCUUUGGAUAUACCUCUCUGCCCCCAUGUUCACCUAGGCGACCAAUGGGUCAUACAAAAGUAUAGGCCCAACCUUGUGGCUCGUCACAUGCGUCGGGAAACCACUAAGGGGAAGUGUCAUUGUUUAUAUUGUACAGGUUUCAUGUGCCGUUUCUGCGACUCCAGGUUCAGAUUUCGAGUGCAUUUCCGAAAAGAACCCGUGGCAGGCGCCUGUCUCGGAGUGUCAAUCAUGCGAAAUUUGGGUAAAUUGAAAGACCCCAAUGACCCAUAUUGGCUGUCACAGCUUUCGAUCCCCAACUUGCCGGAUUUCAGAACCCAAUGGUCCGAUCGUAUUGCUACAUUGCACCUGAACUUCACUCUUGGUGUUCCUCACGGUGAUAUCGAAAGAGCUAUGCUUUCUAGGACAUUGGAAAACAAUGCUGAAAAUGUUUUGAGCGAGCGGGAAGGUUGGACAACCGCCCCCCUUGGUAAUUCGAGGGCAGAUAUGAGGACUUUGCAUAAGCCGUUGUGGAAGCCUCGGUUGAGCAGACGGGAUAGGAAGUAUUGGCGCUGGGAAGGGUAUGGGCCCGAUGGACAUCUUGUUGACAAGGAAUUCUCAGGAAAAUGUGGAACAAGAGACUCCAUGAAUUUAAGAUAA